AUGUCCAUACAGAGGAGGCUGUGCUUAGUAUCGUCUUUUGUUGGUGAUAACCCGUGUUCAGCACCUGCACCAGAGUGUGCGAUUAAUAAUGCAACUCAUUCGGGACUAAAGCUGCCAUCACCCACAACAUGUAAUUGCUGCCCGUACUGUUUACCGUUGUAUAAAUUGGGUCAGCCCUGCAGUUUGGGUGGGCCUGGCAGUGGUAUUACAGUUGGCAGGUGUGGCGAUGGCUUAACUUGUGAUAACUCCACACGUACAUGUGUUAGGAUGAAAACAAAAUGUCACGAUGCACAAGAUGACUACGAUGCCCGUCACGCUAGAGGUGAAACAGGUUCCUUCGAGAACCGUCCAAGUUGCGACGAGAAAGGGAAUUUCGCCCCGUUCCAUUGCGUUCCUUCUCAAACUUGUUACUGCCAAUCAGAUGAUAGGGAACGAUUGUUCGGGGAGGUCGUUGAUACUGGCGUGUUUGUGAAUAUGCCUUGUCGCUGUUCUCGUAUGGCUCACAAAGUCCAGACACUAAUAGCGAAAGGUUUACGCUACCCGGUAUUCGGUAUGAGAUGUACGUCCGAUGGGAAUUUCAACCCGGUGCAGUGUCUUGGCGAUACGUGUUAUUGUGUAAACAGAGUGACCGGUGAGAGGAGAGGGGAUCAGAGAGUGAAUCUGACAACUACCCACAUAUCUGAAUUGCCAUGCUAUGACGAAAAAUUAGACUUAUUCCCAAAGACAGAAGACAGUAAGCCGCCGUACAAGUAUACAACGCCUUGUUUCGAAAGUGUUCAAGAAAGAAAAGACUUAAUUGCUCGAAGCAUUGAAGAAGGAUUUGAUGUUGAAUAUUUUUCUACUUUCGGUUCCAUUAGUUGUCUACCAGAUGGAACUUUUGGCAGAAUUACUGUGAACUCGAAUGGAUCAAGAAUUUGCGUGAACGAGCGAGGAGAACAAUUAGGGGAUUACUCGGCUGCACCGAACACACCUGAGUUUACCAAUAUGGACUGCAAAUGUGCACAGACAGCGAAUGUAAUGGCGUCAUCAAAUGAACCGCCACGGUGCUGCAAAAACGGCAACUUCCGACCGGUCCAGUGUCACAGGGGAAAGUGUCGUUGUGUUGACUCCGAUGGAAGGCAACUCGGAACGGAAUCCACAGAUGUGACAAAAUUGACAUGCUACACACAAAACUGGAGAAACUGCUAAUAUAUAUACAUAUAAUAUUAAUAUAAUAUGUGAUUAAUUUGUUAACGCAAACUUUAUGGAAUAAAGUCCGAUUUAAACAAAAUAUUACCACGAUUGUUUUUACAGGAGUAAGGUGUGAAAUUAUUGGCAAUUUUUGGCUUUAUUUUAAAGUGGUGUUUUGAAUGUGAAACAUUUAAAUUAAAAUAAAAGUGGAUAUAAUGGCUGUAUAGCAUUGUACAAAACA